CCCUAUAAAAAAGUCUCUUGCGAAAAUUUUACUACACAAAUUAUAAAACAAUAACAAAGCAAACCCAUCUUGCACUCUGUUUCUCUCUACAAAACCCAAUUUCAGUUUCUCCAUAGCCAUGGAUUCGAGCUGUAAAACUGGGUCCUGGACCAACGAGAAGCACUUCCACUUUCUAAACUCCAUGGAGGCCUCGUUUGUGCGUACAAUGUUUGACAACAACAACAACAACAACUACUACAACAACGAUCCAAUUCUCCGUCUAGAUCGGUAUUUACCAGACAGUUCUGACUCGACCUUAGAUUUGAAAAAACGCAGAAAUAAAAAGCUUGUUAACCAAGGAGUUGGUAAUAUGGGCAAUAAUGUUAAGGGUGGUAGAGCCAAACUGUACGGCAAGACUGACAAGAGAACAAGGAGAGUAUCGUCUCAGCCGUCCAUUCCACCACAAGAUCAGGUGGUCCCACAUCUUGAAAGUUGAAGAACAGGCGGUGAUAAAGAUUAAGAGGGACCCCCAUUCCAUAAUGUAUCGAUUGCUUGCACCUGUCAGCUAUGGCCUAUGAAUUGAGAAAAGAUUCUUCAUUGUAGUGAAAUUUUAUUUUCUUGUAAUUUUUUUUAAUAUUAAUAUAUUUUUUAAAUUGUCUUUCAA